AUGUCGAAAGCAAACGUCAUACAAUCAAAGGAAGGUGAGCCCAUCGAGGUCGGCGACACCGUGAGCACUCGUUUCCGAGGAGGACAACGUAGUGGAGAAGUCGAGGCUGUGAUAAAAGAUCAGAAGGGACUGGAGAACGCUGGUGACUUGGAUGUAAACGUCAAGAACCCGCCGAAGAUACUUUUUACUGACCAACAUGGGCACAAGGUUGCGCAUAACCCAGGGACGCUCAGCCAUCGCAGUGACGAGUGAUGGUGGCGCUGCAUGUAGAAGCGGAGAAGGCUGUAUAGUAUCCUGUGUAUCGUCAACGUCAACUUGAAGUGGUUGCGAGACGUCACCGCGUUACCGCUGUAAAGAACGCUAUCAAGUUUGUGCGCUGGCGCACCAUGUUGUGCCUGUGCUUCGUUCAUCGGACGCAACGUGUAGUUCGACGAUCUGAUUCGGAUGGAAGACACUGAGUAGCUCGUGUAUCCGAGGCUCUCGUAUACCUAGAAGGAUUCUUCAAUCCUAUGCUGUAUUUCUACUGUCGUCUUAACUCUAUACUUGGUCAAUAUC